CCGGGCCGGGCAGUGGGGCCGAGCCGCCGCACCCCCGGCAUGGCCCGGCAGGGCUCGGGGGCCAUGCUGCCCUCGGGGGGCCUGGGCUUCCCCCCGCAGAACCUGGCCCGCGUGGUGGUGUGGGAGUGGCUGAACGAGCACGGGCGCUGGAGGCCCUACUCGGCCGCCGUGUGCCACCACAUCGAGAAUGUGCUGAAGGAGGACGCCCGCGGGUCCGUGGUGCUGGGCCAGGUCGAUGUCCAGCUGGCCCCCUACGUCAUCGACCUCCAGUCCAUGCACCAGUUCCGGCAGGACACGGGGACCAUGCGGCCCGUGCGGAGGAACUUCUACGACCCCUCCUCGGCUCCGGGCAAGGGAAUCGUGUGGGAAUGGGAGAACGACAACAACUCCUGGACUCCCUACGACAUGGACAUCUGCAUCACCAUCCAGAACGCCUACGAGAAGCAGCACCCCUGGCUGGACCUCUCCUCCCUGGGCUUCUGCUACCUCAUCUACUUCAGCAGCAUGUCCCAAAUGAACCGGCAAACGCAGCGCAAGCGGCGGCUCCGGCGCCGCAUGGACCUGGCCUACCCCCUCACCAUGGGCUCCAUCCCCAAAUCCCAGUCGUGGCCGGUGGGCGCCAGCACGGGGACCCCCUGCUCGUGCCCGCAGUGCCUGCUGGUCAACAGCACCCGCGCCGCCUCCAACGCCAUCCUGGCAUCGCAGCGCCGCAAACUCUACCCCGGCGCCGUCCGGCAGAGCAGCACCUUCGCCGGGGGGGCCCUGUGGCCGCCGGGGCCGGCGGCGGGGGCGGGGGGCACGGCCAAGGGCGAGGGGCUGCGGGUGCCCGGCGCGGGGUUCGCCCCCGGGCAGAGUGUGCCCGGCGCGGCGCUGACCGGGCUCAACAACCUCAACCGGCCCGGGACGCAGCGCGGGGCCGGACUGGGCGCCAGGGCCGCCGUGCCCCCGGGGGUCCCGGCCCUCCCGGUCAAGAACCUGAACGGCACCGGCCCCGUCCAUCCCGCCCUCGCAGGGAUGACGGGGAUCCUCAUGUGCGCCGCCGGGCUGCCCGUGUGCCUGACCCGCGCCCCCAAACCCAUCCUGCACCCGCCGCCCGUCAGCAAGAGCGACAUCAAACCUGUGCCCGGAGUGAACGGCAUCUGCAGGAAAACCAAGAAGAAGCAGCUCAAGAAGAGCAAGACCCCCGAGGACGUGGUGCGCCGGUACAUCCAGAAGGUGAAGAACCCCCCGGACGAGGAUUGCACCAUCUGCAUGGAGCGGCUGGUCACCUCCUCCGGCUACGAGGGCGUCCUGAGCCCCAGGGGCAUCAAGCCGGAACUGGUGGGCAAGCUGGGCAAGUGCGGGCACAUGUACCACCUGCUGUGCCUGCUCGCCAUGUACAACAACGGCAACAAGGCGCUGUGA